AUGGUAAGAGAUCCACACAAUCCACUUCAUGAGUAUCAUCAGUUGAGAGGCAACAUAAUUGGUGGCAUCACUUCUCAGACCUUCAUAAUCUCCAACUCGCUAACCUUCACUGGAGCACCUCCACCCGUGUUGUUUGAAGAGCUCGCUGUAGUGCCUAAGUAUUACCAGCACAUCCUGGCUUUGGCAUUUGCUGUAAAGGAGAUAAAUGAAAACUCUCAGAUUUUACCCAAUACUUCCUUGGGCUUCCACAUUUACGACAGUUACUUCAAUGCAAAGAGUACCUAUCAUGCCACAAUGCAGCUUAUGUCUUCAAAAGAAAAAAUAGUUCCCAACUACAUAUGUGACGUUCAGAAUAAAUUAAUAGCAGUUGUUGGGGGACUGGAGCCUCUAAUUUCUCGUUAUAUUGCAACUGUCUUGGAUACCUACAAGAUUCCACAGCUCAUAUAUGGCCCUGCUCCAGUGAUGAAUGAUAAAACCACAGGCCUUUCCUUCUACCAAAUGUCUCCUAAAGAUGCUCUUCAGCAUGCAGGCAUUCUGACUUUGCUUCUCCAUUUCAAUUGGACAUGGAUUGGGAUCCUUACAUCCAAUGAUGAAUAUGGAGAAAGAUUUGUGCAGACAGUGUUUCCAGUAUUCUCCAGAAUGGGUAUUUGUUUUGCCUUCAUAGAAAGAAGCAGCAAAUUUACCAUUGUCACAGAAAUUAAUGACAUGCUACAUGAGCGAGCCAAAAUAUAUGAUAAAAUCAUUGACAGCAAAGCCAAUGUAGUGGUUGCUAAUGCAGAAUCUUAUCUCAUUGUUUUUUUGAGGUGGCUACCAUAUAUCUCAGAAAGAGAGUGCACAAUAAAUAAAGGAAAAGUGUGGAUAGUAACAGCUCAGAUAGAGCUCACUUCAAUGGUGUAUCAAAGAACGUGGGAUACAGAUAUAGUCCAUGGUGUUCUGUCCUUCUCUAUUCACUCCAGUGAUCUGCCAGGAUUCAAGACAUUUAUUGAAAGCAAAAGCCCUUCAUUCAAAACAGGAGAUGGCUUUAUCAGGGAUUUCUGGCAGCAGGCCUUUGGUUGUGUAUUCCAAAGUAUAGAUGGGGACAAGGUGGAUGGAGACAUAUGCACAGGAAAAGAGAAGUUGGAAAGCCUUCCUGGGACAUUUUUUGAAAUGAGCUUGACUGGCCACAGCUACAGCAUCUACAAUGCUGUUUAUGCUGUGGCACAUGCUUUACACUCCAUGUCUUCAUCUCGACUGAAUCACCACUCAUUGCCUCUACUAAGCUUCUUUUCCUUUUCAACUCAGCUCCAUCACUUUCUGAAAAUUGUCUCCUUUAACAACAGUGCUGGAGACAAGAUCUCUUUUGACCAGAAUGGGGAGUUAGUGACUGGAUUUGAUAUUAUAAACUGGAUUAUUUCCUCAAACCAAUCCUUUCAAAGAGUGAAAGUUGGGAGAAUGGAUCCCCAGGGUUCUCCGGACCAAGUGUUCACCAUCAACAAGGAUGCCAUCACAUGGCACAAUUGGUUUAACCAGGUCCAGCCUCUUUCUGUGUGUUCUGAGAGUUGCUAUCCUGGUUCCAGCAAGAAAGUGAAGGAGGGAAAACCAUUUUGUUGCUAUGAUUGCAUCCCAUGUCCAGAAGGAAAGUUUUCAAACCAGAAGGACAUGAAUGCCUGUUCUACAUGCACUGCAAAAACCUAUCCAAGCAAAACCAGGGAUUUCUGUAUUCCCAAAUUCAUUUCCUUUUUAUCAUAUAAAGAACCACUGGGCAUCAGUUUAGCCUUCUUUGCUCUUUUCUUUUGUCUGAUCACAGUCUUGGUGCUAGGAAUAUUUCUGAAGCACCACAACACUCCCAUUGUCAAGGCCAACAACCGGAACCUUGCCUAUACUCUCCUUAUCUCAAUCCUGCUCUGCUUCCUUUCUGCAUUGCUAUUCAUUGGACAGCCUAAGCAGGUGUUGUGUCUCCUCCGACAAACCACUUUUGGCAUGAUCUUCUCUGUGGCUGUUUCUUGUGUUUUGGCAAAAACCACUACUGUGGUUCUUGCUUUUAUGGCCACCAAACCAGGUUCCAGGAUGAGGAAGUGGGUGGGGAGAAGACUUGCCAGUGCCAUUGUUCUUUCCUGCUCUCUUAUUCAAGCAGGCAUUUGUACCGUAUGGUUGGUCACCUCUCCCCCAUUCCCAGAUGUUGACAUGCACUCAGUUACUGAAGAAAUUAUAUUAGAAUGCAAUGAGGGGUCCAUGACUAUGUUUUACUGUGUUUUAGGUUAUAUCAGUUUCCUGGCCAUAAUCAGCUUUGUUGUGGCGUUCUUUGCCAGGAAAUUGCCCAAUAGUUUCAAUGAAGCCAAAUUCAUUACUUUCAGCAUGUUGGUAUUUUGCAGUGUUUGGCUCUCCUUUAUUCCAUCCUACCUGAGUUCAAAGGGGAAAUAUAUGGUAGCUGUGGAAAUCUUUUCUAUCUUAGCCUCCAGUGCUGGGCUCCUAGCUUGCAUCUUUCUCCCCAAAUGUUAUAUCAUUGUGCUGAGACCUGAGCUGAACAACAGGGAACAUCUUCUACCAAAGACUUCAUCUGAUUUUACAUAUCCCUUUAUGUUGCUUACAUCUCUGCACCAUGAUAGCAUUUGA